AUGAUGUCUUAUAGAAGUACAUCUGAAGAGCAACACGUCUACACAUAUGUCCUGCCAGAUAACCACGCACCAGGAAUGCACUGGUACCACGCCCAUCACCAUGGUGCGACAGCCUUUCAAGUUAUUGGUGGAUUGGCUGGUGCAAUAAUCGUUGACCCCGUUGAUGACUCUAUCAUACCACCAGAACUUUCAAAUAUGGACGAAAUUUUAAUGAUUCUUCAACAUAUGAAGUUUGACAGCGAUCCUGGAAAUGGGUGUCCAAAUUCUGAAAACUUCGUCAAUGCAUUUCGACCUUACUCUUACUUGGAAAUAUCGGAUGAAAUUGGGGAUACCCUCGAUGUCAACCCAUCAUUGGCGAAUACGUCGCUGGCUGACUUUUACGUUGUCAAUGGUCAAUAUCAGCCCAGAAUACAGAUGCGACCAGGCGAAAAGAAAGUGUUUCGUCUCUUGCAUGCUGCUGGUACUCACACAUUAGAGAUCGAAAUACCAGGAUGUAACAUUUACCGUAUAUCACGCGAUGGAGUUUACCGAUCAGAACCAACGGAUGCUGUUGACGUAAUUGUGCUCAUCCAGGCGAGUCGGGCAGACAUCAUCGUUGACUGUCCACGAACGGGUACAUUUAAUUUGAAGUCAACGAUAGACCCAUCCAGAGACAAUAUUGUAAGCAGCAAUGUGUUACGUUACUUUCAAGACCCGAUUCUAACAAUUGAAGUAUCAGGUGAUGAGCUCACAAUGCCUUUACCGUCACAACUCCCACCGCUGCCAUCAUACCUGUCUGAUUUACAGAACGUUUCUCGACAGGACAUUGCUGGUCAAUAUCGGGUUGACUUUGGACAGCUUCGAGGACCUGAAACUUGUAACUUUGGCAUAAAUGGAAUGCUAUUCCGUGGUCCUGACGUGUAUGACCAUAUUAUGACGCUGGACACCAUAGAGGAAUGGAUAAUUAAAGACACGGGACCGGAAAGUCAUCCUUUUCAUCUACACGUGAAUCACUUCCAGGUCAUCUCAACAACCUACCAGGAUGACCCGAAUCAGAUUGUAUUCGAAAUUGGUGAGUGGAGAGACACGUUAGCUGCGAGAGACGUUACCACGAUUCGCUUUCGAACUGAUACUUUUCCUGGAGUGGUUGUUCUUCAUUGUCAUUAUUUGCGUCAUGAAGAUCUCGGCAUGAUGCAAGUCACCUACAUUGAAUCAUCACAUGGAACAGCUACAGGAAACCAUGGUACUGAUAGGAUUGGUCAAGAAGCAGAACCUAACGGAGAUGGUAUAAAUCAUAGUGAACCUACUGAUCAUGAGCUCCACGAAUCAGAUAUGAAUUCGUCGGGCCAGUUCAAAUCAUCAACAUAUGUGUUUUUCACUACUGUAAUGAUAGUUGUACUAUCUAUAAUUUGA